AGGAGAGAUUGUAUUUGUGUGUGAGAGAGUGUGUGUGUGUCUUUGGAGAAGGGGGGUCCACAGAGUGGACAACUUUGAGAAAGAGGAGACUUGUUGAGGAAAAACAGCCACACACGCACUCGUCAGUUUGCACAGCAACAGCGGACGACGUCACGGUCCGCUUUAGCAGUUGAUUCGAAUGUUGAGUUUAUUUAACCAACUCUACUAACAUAUUGUCUUCUAACGUACCCUGCAAGUUGGAUUAUUGAUGAAGACUUGGUUUUAAAAUUAAACACUGCCGUUUUAACCUGCGUUGCAAACUUGUUGAUGCUUGUAACUCUCACCGGCUGCUCGUGAAUCAUGUCACGCCGGAAACAGAAACGGCCUCAGCAGCUCGUUAAUGCGGACCCCGGGGGCACGCUCUUGAUGCCACAAGAUGAGCACUUUCCAGUGAAAUCUCCAUCCUCUCUUGCCUCAGAAGCUACCUCAUCAUCUUCCUCUUCAUCCCCCACAUCCCUUCAGGACUGUCAUCCUCCUAUAGCCCCAAGGCCAUCCCCUGGUGGACUUCAUGCCCCCUCACUCCCCAAUGAGAGCUCAUCUCCUCCCCAUUGGCCUAAUCACAUUGCCUCAUACACUACAUCUCUGCCUAAUGCAUACUCAUCUCUUUCUCCAGACUUUCCACACCCUUCUCUGUCCUCCCAGACCCACUCCCCUCCUCCUGUGCAGCAGAAACCCAUUCAUAUGCAACCUCACCAGCCCCACUCCACUGUGAGUUCACCACCAAUGGGUAUUUCAGCAACAACCACUACCUCCUCUUCAUCAUCUUUAUCCUCCUCAUCAUCAUUGGGUGCUCCACCACAUCAAGCAAGCCCUAGUCCAAUUCACCAAAUUCCUUCAUCGCCCCACGAACAGUUUCAGGUGCCUCCUACCUUGGCUGUACUGUUAGAGGAACUUAGAGUUCUGCAGCAAAGACAGAUUCACCAAAUGCAGAUUACAGAAGAGAUUUGCAGGCAGGUGCUGCAACUUGGUGGUAUGGUCAACGACCAAGAUGGACCUCAACGACCUGUGGAGAGUCAACAGAGAGGUGCUGACCUCUCCCCACCUAACACUGCCUUCGGUGCUGCUUUGAUUUCCCACGCUCCUGUGUCCAAGCCCAACCUGCCCUACACGAAUGGAAUUAAAGCCUAUUCCUCCUCUUCAUCCUCUACAACCCCUUCAUCCUCUUCAUCCUUAGUGACCUCUUCAGCCCCUGUUCACCCCCUUUCUCUAACAUUGGGACUUCCACCUCGUUACCUCAAUGAAAAGUCUCCCAGCAACUCCAUCAAUCACAGCAAUGGUGUAAAUUUCUCGACUACUCCCUUGCCCACACCCAGCCUUUCCCAGGACCACCUAUCACUUAGUUCUACUGUUAGUACCUCAAACAUCUCUUCAAAUUCCUCUUCAGGCCGCCAGCAGCACGUUUGUAGGUUCUGUGGAAAAGUUCUAAGCAGUGACUCCUCCUUACAGAUUCACCUCAGAUCCCACACUGGAGAGCGUCCCUAUCAAUGUCCAGUCUGUCUAAGCCGCUUCACCACCCGUGGCAACCUCAAGGCCCACUUUCUUCGUCACCGUGAACAAAAUCCUGAGCUGUCACUCUCCCUUUUGCCACCUGCUCUUUCUGAACAGUGCCAAUCGGGAUCUGGCUCAGGACCAUCACAGAGACGAAGAAAACGUCGGGCAGAGGAUGAGGAGCAUUUUGGAGUUAAAGGCAGUGUAGGUGUGCCAGACAGUUUAGCUCUGGGUUUCCUGUCUGGGUCAUCUCAUUCAUCUCCCUCAUCCCUUCCACUUCCCCCCAGUGUUGAUCUAGCUCUGCUUUCCACCGCCCACUCUUUGCUACAACUUAACCGUGCCUCAGCCGCAGCUGCAGCGUCUGUUUCGACUAGUGCACUGCCCUCAUCCACAUCCAUUUCCUCCUCUAACUCUUCUGUCAUGACCAGUCAGUUUAAAGGUUCAAAGCAGCAGAGAUUUGAUGAGAAUACACCACCACACUCAACCCUACUCCCUGGUUCUCCGUAUUCUCAGCUUGCACACCUUCCUAAGAUUCUAUUCUCCUCGGGCCCCUCCGCCCACCAUCCCAGCCUUGCUCUUCUCCACCCUCCACACCUCUCCUCCUCUCACCUCCCACUUACUUUCCCCUUUUCCUCCUAUGCCAAACCUCAAAAUUCCUCUCCUCCAUCCUCCUCUCAGUCGGCCACUUCAGACACCUCCAAGCUGCAAAGACUGGCACAGAAGUUAGAGAAGCAGCCCCUUCCUAAAAGAAGCAAUGAAGGUCAGACAAAUUACAAUGCUCAGCCUCAUGACAUAUCCACAACCUCAAAUGGUAUUACUAUCUCAACUUACAGAAGAGAGAUGAUGGCAGCCUUAGGGCUAAACCCCAGCCCAAACAAUGAGCCGACUAGCCAAGAGCUCUCAGGAUCGGCUUCCCCCUCAUUGGCCCCUAAUCAGUGUGGGGUGUGUUUGCGUGUCCUCAGCUGCCCAAGAGCCUUACGUCUUCACCAGGCCACCCACUUGGGUGAACGUCCAUUCCCGUGCAAACUCUGUGGGCGCUCUUUCUCCACAAAGGGAAGCCUAAGAGCUCAUUUAGCCACUCACAGAGCACGUCCCGCCAAUGCACGCGGCCAGAACUCCUGCCCACUCUGUCAGCGCAAGUUCACUAAUGCCGUGGUACUACAGCAUCACAUUCGUAUGCAUCUGGGGGGUCAGUUGCCUCCGGAAGGGAAUGGGGACAUGCAGUCAGAGGAAGUCCCGGGUCAAAUUGAUGGGGUCUCUCUGCCGAAAAACAUUCAGUCUCUUCCUCUCAAUAUGAGCACAUCUUCCUCUGCCAGCAUGCUAGAGUCUGGUGCUAGCCUCAGAGAUGCCACAUCGACUGAUGGAGACCAGCUCAAUGAGUCAGAUCAAGACCCAUAUGACAACACACCUGAGACCAGUCCACCUCUGACUUUGGCGAAGCAGGAUCAUGGCACACCCUCCACAGAAAAUAGCUCAACUGACAAUGCCAUUGUCUCAGAAGAGAGCCAUUAUGGCACCGCCAAUCACAGCAAGUCUGAAGUUGUAAAUGGUUCUGCAGAAGACGAUGAAGACGUACCUCUUUCCCUCUGCACCAGAACCAACUCCCAAGAUACCUUGUUUGGAAAAAAAUUGCUCAAUGGGACUUCACAUCACACAGUGAUCGCUGUGCCAAAACCUAGUUUAAGCACUGAAGCUCUGGAUCUGUCCCCUGCCCUCACACCACCCUCCAGCCCAAAAGUGUCCACUGAGACAAAAUCAGACCAAAGCGAUCAGACAGCCUCUCAUGUGAAGGGAACAGACAGUGGUCUUGAGCCCAAUGACAGUGACUCUCAGCCAGCCACAGGAAAUGCAUCUAAAAUUUCCCACAGAGCCCAAAAGGAGAAUGUGAAAGUUACGAAUGGACACACCUCUGAUAUGGAGGUGUCAGCCGCAGAGAAUCAAGGGAAAGCACCACAUGAAAGAGAGAAAACAGAAGUGACAUCAUCAAAAACUCCUGUGGCCCCUUCACAACCCCAGCGCUCUGAAAAACCUUACAGCUGCAUGGAGUGUGGAAAAGAGUAUGCUAGCCGCAGUGGAUUAAAGGGGCACAUGAAACUCCACAGUGGAAGUAUGAAUCAAUUGGGCAGCACCGUUUCUGCACAGUCCUCUGAGGGAAAAGUUGUGGAGGAGCCAGUCACAUGUCCAUCUAAUGGAAAACUUCAAGAGGAGGUUAAAAACUCAUCAGAGGAAAACCCAGACAAACUGUCCUUUAAUGAGCAUCCAGCAUCUACAACAGACAGUGAUAACAGACCUUAAUGCAGUGCUUAAAAGAAGAAAAUAUAUAAUUCCACUUUUUUUAGAUUUUGUUCUUAGAAAUAGUUUGUAAUUGUUUGAUAUUUUAGAGUUGUAGUGAAUCAGUCUUUAUAAAAUUGUAGUGCCUAUUCAUGAAGGCAAUAAAUAAUAUUGGUAAAGACUUAGUAAGUCUUUUGACUUCAAGUAUCUGAAUGCACAGAAAUUGGAUCUUGCAAACUAGUAUUUGUGUAUAACAAACGACAUGCAAAUGAAUGAAUAUACCUUUUUUUGAACAAUUCUGCAUCUAAGUGCAAUUUUAAAAAUCGAUUUGGAACUCUACAAGUCUUUUAAAAUCUUAAAAAUAAAUAUGUUUUCUUCUUAAUCAAAAGGGAUUGAUCUAAUGUGAGAUGAGAAAUGAUGGUGGAUUGUACCAAAACUGAUGUGCUGUUGAAUGUAAAUAUCCAUUUUGUUUUAUGUUCCCUGUUUUUAUCUUUGUCCAUGCUGCUGUAUUUUGUAGGCGUUUAUAGCUGCUCUAUAUCUGUGACUUUUAAAACUUUGUUUGACAAGGGAGCCUUUCAGUAUUUCAUCUGUUGGCUCUAUUGAAUUAUAUUUAGCUUUCAUAUCUAAUUUUCUUGGAUGUAGCAUGUUCCUAACUUGUCAAAGAGAGGAAUAAAGUCAAAUAA